AUGAAAGAACGCGAGGUGCAAUUGUACUCGAAUGACUUCGCAUGGGAAGACCUUGCGAGGACAUGUGAGAUGCAAGUGGAAGUGUGGAUGGAUGAUGAGGCACUCGGUGUUAAGGCAAACAACAAGCUUCUCGAGAUGCAGCAACUUGCUAUUGAAGCCAAGAAUAAGUGGGACGACUUCCACCAGCGCAAUAAAGGUAAAGCGUACAAACCUCGCAACUAUCUCAUUAAGGAGUUUCCUGAACUUGACUCACCAGAUCGUGAGGUGAUAGAAGUCCUCGAGUUGGGAUGUGGGUACGGUAGCACCAUUUUCCCGAUUUUGGCUAAAUGCCCCAAUGUACACGCACAAGUUUGCGACUUUAGCGCAAACGCUAUUGAUAUUCUACAGCUUAAUGCUGAUUAUGACUCUAAGAGAUGCCGUGCUUUUGUGUGCGACAUUGCACUGGAAGAGCUGAAGGACGUCGCUCCAGAGUCUAUCGAUAUUGUCCUAAUGAUCUUCGUACUUUCAGCUUUACCGCCAGAAUCUUUUGCACGGACACUGAAAAAAAUUUAUGCCGCGCUUCAGCCUGAAGGGGUUGUUUGUUUUAGAGACUAUGGACUGUACGAUCUUGCCAUGCGACGCAAUGCCAAGAAGCUGGGCCCAAGUUUGUACUACCGCAAUGACGGUACUUUAGCAUACUUCUUCUCACGUGAGAAAUUGUCGGAGUUGUUUAGUCAGGCUGGAUUUAUCGUAUUGGAGAAUGAUUACUGCACCGUUCGACUUCGCAAUCGCAAGAAUGGAGUCACCAUGGACAGAGUCUGGCUACACGCUAAAUUUAGGAAACCGUCAAAAUGA